AUGGACGCCGAAUCGUCGGAAAGUUUCCCAGGAAAUAGUGACAAGUCGGUUGACCAUUCUCGUAGUGACCCACAAGCUGUGGGCUUUUCACACGCAAGUUCAGUUAUAACUGAUACGGUUACAAAUGGUGAAAAAGGCAUGGAACAAAAGCAGAAAGGAGGAUGCGCGCAAAUUUUGAACAGUGAGCACGGAGAUAAUCUGCAUAUAAUUUCUGAGGCUUCUUCGGGACAAAGGGCUGAAGGGUCUGCAGAAGAUGUAGGUGAUGAGGAGGUGUGUAAGGACGCCACUGAAGAUCAAAGAAUAGAGCUGAAAGAAGGAUCAAGCGAAAAUACUAGUGAAGCACUUGAAUCGGAAAAACAUGACAGCGUCGCGGCUUCAGCUGGCUCAUCUCCUCCACCAAGCAGUGCUGCUCCUGACGAAUUGCAUAUGGAUACAGACACGAAGAGUAAUUCGGAAGAAGGUGAUCAUAAGGAGUCGAGUGAGGUGAGAAAUGAUUCUGGUAAAGAAGUCGAUGGCUCGAAGACUGAUGAUGAAGGCGAUGACAAAACGGAUACUGAGGAAGGAGAAGGCGAAGAGCAGAAAAAAGAAAAGAUGGAAGAUACAGAUGUUUCAGAUAAAGCAGAAGAUAAAGCAAUUGAUACCACCGAUAAAAAAGAGGAAGGAAGUGCGAAACGUAUCUUGCCAAAAUGGAUGGUGCAGGACGCAGAUGCACCUCCAAGCCCAAAAGAAGAGACGGAUGAAAAAGAUGUGGCUGUAGCUGUCACAGAAAAUGAACCAGCUAGUGGUGCUCGAGGACGAGGACGUGGUAGGAAAGGGACGCGAGCAGUAGCUAAGCUCCAUAAUGAAGCUGCUGCCGAACCACCGCAGCCAGAAUCUUUGGCAUCUGGUCGCCCUCGUCGUUCGACACGGUCAAAUGUGGACUACGCUCAUCCAGAUGUAGCAACUGUAGUUGCUGAGCAAGAAGAUUUGGAAAAUGAGCUUCAACAAAAAGUUAGUCGAAGUCGUGGCAGGGGCCGCGGCCGAGGUCGAGGUGGACGAUCUACUGGACGUAAACGAGCGGCAGCUGACAGCGAUGAUGGAGAAGAUAGCGAUUCUGAAUAUGGCAGUAACAAAAAGCGAAAACGCGCAGGAAGUAGUGGCUCACGAGGUCGGGGACGAGGCAGAGGUCGUGGAAGACCAACUCGAAGUUUGGGAAAAAAGAGUAACAAAGAUGAGAGCGAUGAUGACGAUGAGGAAAUGGAUUUAUCGGAUAAUGAUGCUGGUGGUUCAACUGGUUCUGGUGAGGAAUCCUACAAGCCUGCUCCUUCGAAGCGACGCGCUGCUGCUUAUGCUGCUGAAGCGCACUCACCCAAAACACCGAUUAAAAAACGUGGUCGUGCUCCAGCAGCUAAAAUGCACUAA